AUGAAAGAAGCCACUUGGACCUCCCCUGUGGUGGGGUUCAUUCUCCUGAGCCUCUCAGCCCACCCAAAGCUGGAGAAAACGUUCUUUGUGCUCAUGCUGCUGAGGUACCUGGUGAUCCUACUGGGCAACAGGGUCCUCAUCCUGGUGACCACCCUUGACUCCCGCCUGCACACACCCAUGUACUUCUUCCUGGGAAACCUCUCCUUCCUGGACAUCUGCUACACAACCUCCUCAGUCCCCCUCAUUCUCGACAGCUUCCUGACCCCCAGGAAAACCAUCUCAGCCUGUGCCGUGCAGAUGUUUCUCUCCUUUGCUAUGAGAGCCACAGAGUGUGUGCUGCUGGGCAUAAUGGCAUUUGAUCACUACCUGGCCAUCUGUAACCCCCUUAGGUACCCCGUGAUCAUGAGCAAGGCUACGUAUGUGCCCGUGGCUGCCAUAUCCUGGGCUGUUGGUGGUGCUGCUUCUGUGGUACACACAUCCUUGACAAUUCAGCUGCCCUUCUGUGGGGACAAUGUCAUUGACCACUUCACCUGUGAGAUCCUGGCUGUCCUGAAGUUGGCCUGUGCUGACAUCUCCAUCAAUGGGAUCAGUAUGACUGUGGUCAGUGUGAUUUUCCUGGGGGUCCCAGUUCUGGUUCUCUCUUUCUCCUAUGUGUUCAUCAUUGCUACCAUCCUGAGGAUCCCCUCAGCUGAGGGGAGGAAAAAGGCCUUCUCCACCUGGUCUGCCCACCUCACAGUCGUGGUUGUCUUCUAUGGGAUCAUCCUCUCCAUGUAUGGGAAGCUGAAGUGCAAGGAUCCACUGAGGGCAGACAAAGAAGAUCUUUCAGACAAGCUUACCUCCCUCUUCCAUGGGGUGAUGACCCCCAUGCUCAGUCCCAUCAUCAACAGCCUGAGGAACAAGGAUGUGAAGGCUGCUGUGAGGAACCUAAUGGCUCAGAAAUACUUCACCCAGUGA